ACAGCGUGCGCGGCGCUUUUGCAGCUGUCAAUAUCACCCGGAAGAGACGUGGCAAGUAAGAGUGAGUAAAGGAGAACGUCUGAAUUAUAAUAUUUACAAUUUAGUCCUGACAAGGGUCAAUAAGGAGAGAACCCAGACGAAACUACUGAUCACUAUUACUUACGCCGAUCAAGGAUAAGAAACUGAAGCGCAAGGAUUGAAGCCGCGUAGGAGCAGUCUCAUAAUGGGACUGUGUAAAUGUCCCAAGAGGAAAGUGACAAACCUAUUCUGCUUUGAACAUCGAGUGAAUGUGUGUGAACAUUGUCUGGUGGCCAACCAUACAAAGUGCAUUAUUCAAUCAUACCUCCAAUGGCUUCAGGACAGUGAUUACAACCCAAACUGUCGUCUAUGUAACACACUCCUGUCUACCAAAGAGACAACAAGGCUUGCGUGUUAUGAUUUAUUUCACUGGUCCUGUCUGAAUGAAUUGGCUUCUCAACUGCCCCUUAACACAGCACCUGCUGGAUACCAGUGCCCAACUUGCCAGGGACCUAUUUUCCCCCCUGCCAACCUUGUCAGUCCUGUGGCCUCCAACCUAAGAGAAAAACUCUCUACUGUCAACUGGGCUAGAGCUGGACUGGGCCUUCCUUUGAUAGAAGAGCCAGUUCCUGUAGAAGACGUAUCAUCACAUGACAUUACUGACUACAGGGACUGGUCUGUUGUAAAUUCAUCUUCUGAUGAGUUGUCUGAAAUCCCAGAGAGGACCACUCAGACUGGAUAUCUGUAUAAUUCUGUGUCUCCUCCAACAACGCAGCAUGGCACAUCGCAGGACCAUACUGUCAUCAUUGGAAACACAGAGGGUGAUAGUGUUAGUAUAAACCCAGGGUCCACUGCUAGGAAAAUUUAUGACACUCGAGACGAAGCAAAGAGUCAGGAAACGCUUAUUGACUUUGACGAUGACAAAUACAGAAGGCGACCAACACUGAGCUGGCUGGCCAGAAUACUUAAGAACCGCGCAGGCUCGAAGGGACGGCCUGUCUCCACUACUCAGCGUUUCUUCAUUAUCCUUAUAAUAGGGGUUCUGGGAUUUUUUACCCUUAUCUUAAUAAUGUCCAAAUUGGGCAGAGCCUCAGCUGACAGUGACCCAAAUCUUGAUCCCCUCUUCAAUCCACAUAUCCGUGUUGGCCAAGAGUAGAUGAAAAACAAGACUUGGGGUAGUAAGAAGAAGAAGAAGCAAAAAAUACACUACUGCCCCUAUCCAAUCGAGGCUUGCUUUUCAGUCCAACCCAAAAAGGUCGUAGUAAGAAGUUGAUUGUUUUCAAUACUGAAACUCCAAGUGUAUGGUUAACUGGUAUUCAGGUAUGUCAUUAGCGAACUUGGCUAAUUUUAAUAUUUGUUCCAUCAAUGAACAAAAUCAAAAGAGGUUUGGUUGGGAAAAGAAUGCGAUGUUUGAGUUUGGCUCCAGAAGAAGAGCCCAAUCAGGAAUGUUGACUAACAGAUGGAUCCUGACUAUUCCAUCAAUGGCCUAUUCCAAGUCUGAGCAUGGCCACACUGGGGCUGGCACAAAGGGCCAGGUACCCCUUGAGUAAGAGUGUUAUGUAUAAUGUGUGCAUAUUCAAUUAAUUUCUUCCAUGUAGAUUGGUAAUAUCAGCUACUUUGGGGAUUAAAAAAAAUAUAUAAAA